GGAUGCACAGUUCUUUGAAUCCGUCUCUCUCUCACUCUGAGAAAAUAAACGCAGGACAAAACUGUAAAAAAUCUGCAGAAUUUGACCCGUUUAAUCCUUUUCCUGAUCCAUGGACAGUUGAUUUAUCGGGCAAAAAUAGAUAAGACACCGUUUUUCUUCACCGGGUCUCGUUUGCAUACACACAUACAUGUGUGUGUAUGUAUCUUCCCUGAUCUCGUUUGUAGCCCUGAAACUCUCUUGUGCUCACCCUUUUUCUGCCCAAUUUAAAGGAGCCAUCUUUCAACUUAUUUCAGUUAAAUUUCUCACAAAUCUCAUCUCUCUCUAUGCCCAUCUUCAUCAUCCUUAUAAGCAAAUCCUGGGUCUUCGUUAUUUCCCCAUUUCUCGCUCAAGAACGUUAACGUCAUAAAGAUUUGCUCUGUUUCUCCUCGAAAGUUGUAGAGAUCUGAUACCUUAAUCUGUUUCCGACUCUGCGGAAUCGAACCCAAAAGAAAAAAAGAAAAGAAAAGGGGGAUUCCAUGGGGAAAGGAAUAGAAUCCGGAGAAAUCCCCAGAUUCGUGGUUCAUCUCUUCAACGGGAGAUGGUUCAUGGUGUUUGCCUCCUUCUUGAUCAUGGCUUGUGCAGGUGCGACUUAUCUCUUCGGAACUUACUCCAAAGAGAUCAAGGCCACGCUUGGUUACGACCAGACGACGCUGAACCUGUUAGGGUUCUUCAAAGAUCUCGGAGCCAACGUCGGUGUCUUGUCCGGUCUCAUCGCCGAGGUCACCCCGACGUGGUUCGUCCUCCUCGUCGGCUCGGCCAUGAACUUCGCUGGGUACUUCAUGAUUUGGCUCGCCGUCACGGGCAAGAUCGCUAAACCCAAGGUAUGGCAAAUGUGUUUGUACAUAUGCAUCGGAGCGAAUUCCCAGAACUUUGCCAACACGGGCGCUCUCGUCACUUGCGUCAAGAACUUCCCAGAGAGCAGAGGCGUUAUGUUGGGAUUGCUCAAAGGUUAUGUGGGCCUGAGCGGCGCUAUAAUGACGCAGCUUUACUUAGCCAUCUAUGGAACUGAUUCGAAAUCUCUGAUUCUUUUGAUCGGAUGGCUACCGGCUGCGAUUUCUGUGCUGUUUGUGUAUUCGAUCAGAGAGAAGAAGGUGGUGAGGCAGAAGAACGAGCUCAAUGUGUUUUACCAGUUCUUGUACUUGUCGAUAUUCUUGGCACUGUUCCUCAUGGCCAUGAACAUUGCUCAGAAGCAAACCCACUUCUCCAAAGCCGCUUACACUGCAAGUGCCACCGUUUGCUGUGUCUUGCUGUUUGUGCCUCUUUUCGUUGCUGUGAAGCAGGAGAUUGAUGUUUGGAACAUGAAGAAGCUGCCCGUCGAGCCCCCGAGCGAGCUUAAGGUCGAGAAAUCGAAACAGAUCGAGUCAAGAACCGAUCUACCAGAAGACAGAACAGCAGCGAAGGGUUACCUAGAGAAUUCCAAGAAGAGAUCGUGUUUCUUGACAGUGUUUGAUCCACCCCCAAGAGGUGAAGACUACACGAUCUUGCAGGCAUUGUUCAGCAUAGACAUGAUCAUUCUCUUCCUCGCCACAUUCUGCGGUCUAGGCUCGAGUUUGACGGCAGUUGACAACCUCGGACAGAUAGGAGAAUCCCUCGGAUACCCGCCUCAUACCGUGAGCUCAUUCGUCUCCCUAGUCAGCAUAUGGAACUAUUUCGGGCGAGUAUUCUCGGGAUACGUCUCGGAACACCUGCUCGCCAAGUACAAACUCCCCCGGCCGCUCAUGAUGACGUUAGUCCUCCUGUUAAGCUGCCUCGGCCACCUCCUCAUCGCGUUUCCAUUCCCGGGGUCAGUCUACAUUGCGUCAGUCAUCAUAGGCUUCUCUUUCGGGGCGCAGCUCCCGCUGCUCUUUGCGAUAAUCUCCGAGCUUUUCGGGCUGAAAUACUACUCGACGCUUUUCAACUGCGGGCAGCUCGCCAGCCCGCUCGGAUCGUACAUUUUGAACGUCCGGGUAACGGGAAUGCUGUACGAUUCGGAGGCUAUGAAGGAGCUGGCGGCAAAAGGGUUAAGACGUGAGGAUGUGAAGGACUUGACUUGCAUCGGAAGGCAAUGUUACAGGUUGCCGUUUGUGGUUUUAGCCGCGGUAACUUUCUUUGGAUCUCUUGUGGCUUUGGUUCUUACCGUGAGGACGAGAGAGUUUUACAAAGGCGACAUUUACAAGAAGUUCAAGGACAGUUCCGAUGAGAUUGAAUUGGAUGAAGCAAGCAGAAAGCAUUGAUUUUUAUUUUUAUUUAUUUAAAUUGUUCGGUCUUUUUUAUAAUGUUGAAAGAGAGCAUUUCUUCUGUUUAUUGAAUGAUUUAUAAUUAUCAGUGAAUGUGAUGAUGCUUGGAUCAUAUGAUUAGUAUUAUUA